UCCGCACCGGCCUGGCUGCUCCCAGGACCACGUUUCCCGUCAGGCAGCGGGGCCGCCGGCCGCCGACGGGAGCCGAGAGGGGUCGAAAGAGUGGCGUUGGAGACGCCGCGGUGCAUGCCGGUCGCCGUAGUCCUGGAGGGAGUCGGUGGCUGCGCUCCGCCUCGUCCGCGAAGACGGAAGCCUGGAGAGACCCGGAGAGGAGCGGCGGCGGCGGCGGGAGAAGCGCUGCUUUGGCGGAGAUGGGGGACUCCAAAGUGAAGGUGGCCGUGCGGGUCCGGCCCAUGAACAGGAGGGAAAUAGACCUGCAUACGAAAUGUGUGGUGGAUGUGGACGAAAACAAAGUUAUCCUUCAUCCUGUGAACACGAACCUUUCGAAAGGGGAUGCCAGGAGCCAACCCAAGGUGUUUGCCUACGAUCACUGCUUCUGGUCUAUGGACGAAGCCAUCAAGGAGAAAUAUGCAGGCCAAGACGUUGUUUUCAAGUGCCUUGGGGAGAACAUUCUCCAGAACGCUUUUGAAGGCUACAACGCGUGCAUCUUCGCCUAUGGACAGACCGGGUCCGGAAAGUCUUAUACCAUGAUGGGCACAGCUGACCAGCCUGGACUAAUCCCUCGCCUGUGCAGCACCCUCUUCGAAAGGGCCCAGAAAGAGGAGAGCGAAGAGCAGAGCUUCAAAGUGGAGGUUUCUUACAUGGAGAUUUACAACGAGAAAGUCCGGGACCUGCUGGACCCAAAGGGGAGUCGACAGUCGUUGAAAGUCAGAGAGCACAGCGUUUACGGACCAUACGUGGAUGGACUUUCUAAACUGGCUGUUGCCUGUUACAAGGACAUAGAGUCUCUGAUGUCCGAAGGCAAUAAAUCUCGCACGGUCGCCGCCACCAACAUGAACGAAGAGAGCAGCCGAUCCCAUGCCGUCUUCAAGAUUAUCCUCACGCACACAUUGUACGAUGCAAAGUCGGGGACGUCUGGCGAGAAGGUGGGCAAGCUGAGCCUGGUUGACCUGGCAGGCAGCGAAAGAGCCACCAAGACCGGGGCUGCGGGUGACCGGCUGAAGGAAGGAAGCAACAUCAACAAGUCCCUCACGACUCUCGGGUUGGUCAUUUCUGCCCUCGCGGAUCAGGCCGCCGGGAAAAACAAGAACAAGUUUGUCCCAUACCGCGACUCGGUGCUCACCUGGCUCCUCAAAGACAGCCUCGGGGGCAACAGCAAAACCGCCAUGGUCGCUACAGUGAGCCCUGCGGCUGAUAAUUACGACGAGACCCUCUCCACUUUGCGGUACGCCGACCGGGCCAAGAACAUCGUCAACCACGCCGUGGUGAAUGAAGACCCCAACGCCCGGAUCAUCCGGGAACUGCGGGAGGAAGUGGAGAAACUCAGGGAACAGCUCACCAAAGCCGAGGCUAUGAAGUCUCCAGAACUGAAGGACCGCUUGGAGGAGUCUGAGAAACUUAUCCAGGAGAUGACUGUGACCUGGGAGGAGAAACUGAGGAAAACAGAGGAGAUUGCACAGGAGCGGCAAAAGCAGCUCGAAAGCCUUGGCAUCUCUCUCCAGUCUUCUGGGAUCAAAGUUGGCGAUAACAAGUGCUUCCUGGUGAAUCUGAACGCGGAUCCUGCUCUCAACGAGCUCCUGGUCUACUACUUAAAGGAGCACACGCUGAUUGGGUCAGAUAACUCCCAAGACAUCCAGCUUUGUGGCAUGGGCAUUCUGCCUGAACACUGUAUAAUUGACAUCACCUUGGACGGCCAGGUUAUGCUGACACCCCAGAAGAAUACUAGGACCUUCGUCAAUGGCACGGCUGUGACGGGCCCCACACAGUUGCACCACGGAGACAGGAUUCUGUGGGGAAACAAUCAUUUUUUCAGGCUGAAUUUGCCGAAAAAGAAAAAGAAGUCGGAAGCCGAGGACGACGACAAAGACAAUUCAAUGAAAGGAAGCAACAGUUCAGAGCAGCUGGAUUUGGACGGGGACAGCUCCAGUGAGGUUUCCAGCGAGAUUAACUUCAGCUACGAAUAUGCGCAGAUGGAGGUCACCAUGAAAGCUCUGGGUGGCAACGACCCCAUGCAGUCGAUUUUGCAAAGCCUGGAGCAGCAGCAUGAGGAGGAGAAGCGGACCGCGCUAGAGCGGCAGAGGCUGAUGUACGAGCAUGAGCUGGAGCAGCUCCGGAGGCGCCUUUCCCCCGAGAAACAGCACUUCCGCACCAUGGACAGGUUCUCCUGGCACUCUCCCAACGCUCAACAGCGACUUCGGCAGUGGGCGGAAGAGAGGGAAGAGAUGCUGACCCACAGCCUGAGGAAGUUGAGGGAGCAGAUAAUGAAGGCCAACUUGUACGUGAGAGAAGCCAGUUUCAUCGCCGAAGAGAUGGACAAACGGACGGAAUACAAGGUCACCCUGCAGAUCCCAGCCUCCAGCCUUAACGCAAACAGAAAGCGAGGUGCCGUCCUUAGUGAGCCGGCCAUCCAAGUUCGGAGGAAAGGGAAAGGCAAGCAGAUCUGGUCCUUGGAGAAACUGGAGAAUCGGCUGGUAGACAUGAGGGACCUCUAUCAAGAAUGGAAGGACUGCGAGGAAGACAACCUGGUCAUGAGGUCGUAUUUCCGGCGAGCAGAUCCUUUCUACGACGAGCAGGAGAACCACAGCCUCAUCGGCGUGGCAAACGUCUUCCUCGAGUCCCUCUUCUACGAUGUGAAGCUGCAGUACGCUGUGCCCAUCAUCAAUCAGAAAGGAGAGGUGGCCGGACGCCUCCACGUCGAAGUUGUGCGGGUGAGCGGGGAGAUUGGGGAGCGCAUCGCAGGAGGCGAGGACGGCAUGGAAGGAUUUGGCGAGAACGACCUGCAGGAGCACAAGUUGGCGUGCAUGAUCAAAAUCCUUCAGGCUACCGGCUUGCCGCAACACCUCUCCAACUUCGUCUUCUGCAAGUAUUCCUUCUGGGAUCAGAUGGAACCCGUGACGGUGGCCCCGGAAGUGGACCCCUCUCUGUCUCCCGUCAGCAAGGAGCCGCGCGGCAUGGUGGUCUUUGAUCAUUGCAAUGAAUUCUCUGUCAACAUCACUGAAGAUUUCAUGGAGUACCUUUCUGAUGGUGCUUUGGCCAUCGAAGUUUACGGGCACAAGGCGUGCGACCCCCGCAAAAACCCGGCGCUGUGGGAUUUGGGGAUUAUCCAGGCCAAAACACGAAGCCUCCGAGACAGGUGGAGCGAAGUCACCCGAAAAGUGGAGUUGUGGGUUCAGAUUCUGGAGCUUAAUGAGAAUGGAGAAUACUGCCCAGUGGAGGUGAUUCCAGCGAAAGAUGUACACACAGGCGGCAUCUUUCAACUCAGGCAGGGCCAGUCACACCGAAUUCAAGUGGAAGUGAAGUCCGUGCAGGAGUCGGGCACGCUGCCUCUGAUGGAAGAAUCCAUCCUCUCGGUCGGAGUGGGCUGCGUUCAGAUCAAGCACGCCAGGUCUCCAAAAGGCCACGAGAUGCAUCAGGAAGAAGACGACGACAUGGACAGCUACCAGGACAGAGACCUGGAGAGGCUGCGUCGGAAAUGGCUGAACACGCUUACGAAACGCCAGGAGUAUUUAGAUCAGCAGCUGCAGAAACUGGUUGGGAAGCCCGACAAAACAGAAGACGACACGGACCGGGAAGCCCAACUGCUGGAGAUGAGGCUGACCCUGACGGAAGAAAGGAACGCGGUCAUGGUGCCUUCCGCAGGGAGCGGGAUUCCUGGAGCGCCUGCUGAGUGGACCCCUGUGCCAGGUAUGGAGACUCACAUCCCAGUCAUCUUCCUUGAUUUAAACGCGGAUGACUUCAGCUCUCAGGAUAACCUCGACGAGCCAGAAGCUGGCGGCUGGGACGCCACCCUGGUUGCCGAAGACGAGGACGAAUUCUUCGAGCUGCAGAUUGUGAAGCACCACGAGAGCGAGGUGAAGGCCGAAGCUUCCUGGGACUCCACAGUCCACAACUGCGCGCAGCUCAGCAGAGGAACAGCCGCUGAGCAGAGGGUCUUCCUGAUUGUCCGAGUGACCGUACAGCUCAGCCACCCGGCCGAGAUGCAGCUGGUCCUCCGCAAGCGGAUUUGCGUCAGCGUCUACGGCAAGCAGGGUUUUGCUCAGAGUUUCCUGAGAAGAAUGUCUUACCGAAGUUCCGUUCCUGGUUGUGGAGUCACCUUUGAAAUCGUCUCAAAUAUCCCAGAGGAUGCCCAGGGGGCAGAGGAGAGGGAGGCCCUGGCGAGAAUGGCCGCCAACGUUGAGAACGCAGCUUCAGCCGAUUCGGAAGCCCGGAUAGAGAAGUACCUUCGGAGUGUCCUGGCCGUUGAGAACAUCCUUACUUUGGACAGGUUGCGUCAGGAGGUUGCGGUGAAGGAACAGCUAACGGGCAAAGGAAAGCUCUACCGAAAGAGCCUCAGCUCACCCAACGUCAACCGACUCUCCGGAAGCCGCCAGGAUCUAAACCCACCGUACAGCCUCGCAACUUACAAAUAUCCAAAGGUCCAGGCAGAGAGUCGUUGGGAAAGCCAGCAAGACGUAUCACAAAACUCAGUGCAUUCCAACAGGUCCAGGUCUAGCCUAUCGGACUCUCCGCAGCAGAACGGUUCUGCAGACCCAGGACUUGGUAGCCUGGCUGCAUCCUACUUGAAUCCUGUGAAGUCCUUCGUGCCUCAGAUGCCAAAGCUGCUUAAAUCCCUGUUUCCUGUACGGGAUGAGAAGAAGGGCCGCCAGCUGUCUCCCUUGGCACAGCAGCCUGUCCCAAGAAUCAUGGUCCAGUCUGCCAGUGUUGAUGCCACCGCAGCAAAAGUGCAGCAGGUCUCCCAAGGAGAAGGCGCCAAGGAGCCCUUUGAGGUGGCCGCGCAGUUGACAGAGCCGGAACAGACCCCCGAAAAGACCCCCAAAGUGCCUCCGCAGCCGCCCGCAGCCGACAUUCAGGCGCAGGAUUCCCAGGACGGCCCGCCGAGCCCCUUGAGUGAGGCCUCCAGCGGCUAUUUCUCCCACAGCGUUUCCACAGCCACCCUUUCCGAGGCGCUCGCGCCGGGGAAUGACACCCAGCUCCCGGCCGGUGGGCAGACGCCUGCCGCGAGUGACACAAUGCAGCCUGCUGCGGCCGCCCAAACUGGGGCCGUCGUGGAUGUGCUGGUGAAACCGUGUCUCGCCUCCUCCCCUGAGCCUUGUGUCCCUCCUCUAGCGAGAGAUGACCCGGUCACCCCCGGCCUUAACAAAACGGACCAGGCAAGAACUAAGGGCAGCGGAGACCGAGGGCACAGUGAUGGCACCUCGAAGCCAAAGCCCGUGGCCUCUUCCGCAGUUCCGAGCGAGGACAGCCCUCCUUCUUCCUCCCCGUCAAAGAACGACUCGCAGGCAACACAGCGGUCUGGCGCUCCCCUAGCUCGGAGCCCCCCUUUGGCGACCAAAUCUCUCCCCGACGCAGGACUUUCCAGAUCUCCAGUUCUGGCUGAGCCAUCGCCUCAGCCCGGCGUCGCGAGCUCCCCGUUCAAAAUCCAGAGAGUUCGGACGUCGGAGCUGAGAUCCUUCUCCAGCAUGCUGGGAGGAGAGCCAGUGGGGUUCUCGAGUUCCGAGGAGGUGGGAGAGGAGAGAGAGGAGCGGAGCCCGCAAAGCCCCGCCCAGAACAACGGCACAGCGGCCAGCACCUCCGAGGAGAAGCCGGAUGCCACGUCCGACUCGGAAGAAACCAACGAGGUCCCGGACUGGCUGAAGGAGGGAGAAUAUGUGACCGUCGGUACGAAUAAGACCGGGACCGUGAGAUACGUCGGGCCGACCGACUUCCAGGAGGGCACCUGGGUGGGAGUUGAGUUGGACAUGCCGUCAGGCAAGAACGACGGUUCAAUCGGAGGGCGGCAAUACUUCAAGUGCAAUCCAGGCUACGGGCUCCUCGUGAAGCCCAGCCGGGUCAAGAAAGCCACGGGGCCGGCCAGGCGCCGGAGCGCCGGGACAAGACUGCAGGGCGGGGGGACCCCCGAGCAGCGGAAGAGCGGCACCUUCUCGGGCUCGGCCUCCAACCUCGCUUCCCUGACCGCCUUGGCCAAAGCGGAAAAGACCCCCAGGAACGCAGAGAACCGGAAGUCGUGGGCCAACUGAGCGGAGCAGCGGCCGGACACUGCCUUGCGAGAAUCUGACACUUCCUCGAGAGCGGCCUUACUUUGCACAACUAAACAAAGCCGGCGGGGGCAGUUGCCGGGCCCGGGGGGGGGUUCGUUCUUUCCUUGGGUCGUCGGUUGACUUCUUGCCAUGAAGGGGUAUCGGCAUGUUGCUCCGGAUGCAAACCGCGACCCUUUUCCAUCCCUCUCUUCACCCCCUGCCAGGUGAGGUUUUAAAAAAAAGCCAUCUGCCGUCGUGACUUCACAGAUUUCCAGCCCUCCUGCAAGAGGCAAUGUUCACGGAGUCUCUUUUUAAGGAAAUGCGCUGUUGUUCGGGGCCUCACCCUUAAACCACUGGAGAGAGAAGAAGAAGAGACUUGUGUGUCCUGGCGGAUGGCGGCUUCAGAGAAACAGUGCCUGGCUUGAGUAUUGCUCUCUGGUCUUUUCGUCCCUCUUGCCGGCAUCGCUGGGAAGGUAUCGCCCCUCGCUGCACUGGGACGAGGCUUUUUGGGGGCUGGCCAGUUGGGUGGUGGGUUGCCCCCCCCCCGGGAAAAAAUGCCUGAAUCUUUAAAAGCAAAGACACCUUGCAUCUAGCUGACGACACUGCUCUAGUGCUUUUUCUAUUUAAAGGAGAAAAAGAGACUUUUCUCCGAGACCCUGCUUGGGUUUUUAGAAUUUAUUAUUUCGGCAUGCCCUCUGGUGCUACUGUAUUUAUGAAACCAGUUCCCUGUACGGUUGGUUGAAAGUUUGGUCUCUGGGGGGCUUCCUCCUUUGCGGCGUCGAUGUUUAAUCAGUGUGUAAAGCAGAUUCCCACCCCCAUCUCUCCCCCACCCCCCCAAAAAAAAUUCUAUGGUAUUUAUUUCUUAUUUAUUGCUAAAAGAAUGAUAGCAGCACAGCCCUUGCGAUUUGCAAUCAGCACGCCGCCUGCCAGCUUGCGCCAGCCUCUUUGCACUGCUCCACGCAGGUUUCCCUCAACUGCUCUCCUUCCCGUCGAAGAAUUAAAACGUCUCUCCAGAUUUUAAGCUGGCAAUCGGACUGAGGUGUGUAGUUUCUGCGGCUGCGUUGAGCCCAGAACAAAACCGCUUUGUGGCUCGCUCAGCUCAGUGCAACCCCACAAGCCACAGAUGGAGGCUGGGAAAAUUUCACAGAUUCCCAGUGGCCUAGAAAACACCCCCCCCCAAAAAAAACCCCUCUUUUGAGCUGAAGGCACAGAGGAGGUUGUAGAGUCCUGCAAGGGUCCCGUGACUGUUGAGCUGCCUUAGUCGGCCACCGCGAGUGCCCUUGCCUGUUUUGUGCUUCCCCACUGAAAGGGGCAGGACACAAGCAAUGGCCUGCUAAAACUCGGAGCUGAUUUCCUGUUGCCAGGUGCAUUCGCAGGGGGUCCUCCUCACCCCCCCCCCAUUCUGCAAGAGCAUCUCCCGCAAGCAUGCGCGGUGGUAAUCUUGCGAGUGGACCUUGCUCCUCGUCGAUCCUUCAUUUCUGCCUUGAACCCCUUCCGAAAUUUCUGGGAUUUCCUGUGGGCAAACGCCGUUGCACUCUGGCUCUCUCGCUGUCUUUCGGCUUGCCGAAGGAGAGUUCGAGAGCCUCAGGCCAGCUGUGGGUGCAUGUGAGUUGGUGACUUUUUCUCGCGCAGCCUCCCCGUUCUUCCUCUCUCCUUCCCGUGCGCUUGCGCAGCCAAGUUGUGCCUUAAUCAUCCAGCCGGAAGGAAAAAGCCCUUGCGGAAGGAUGUGCGGACGAUUUGGAAGGAAAGGCAGAGUGCUUUGCAAGCAGGUUCAGUUGGCAGCAUUAUCCCCUGCGACAGACGCCCUUCCUGACACCCUGGAGAGAUGCUGCCAGCCAGUGUAGACAAUACUGAAUCCGAUGGACCAACAGCCUGACUUGGCAGAAAGCGGGUUCCUGUAUCUCCUUUGCAGGAGAUGCCCCUGCCGACUGGCCCUGGGGCGUGCAAAUGUGAUGUUCAAAUAAGAAGCCAUGUGGGUCAGGAAAUGGUUGGCUGGGGAAGACGGAGGGAAGAGGGGCAGGCAGGCACCAAGUGGAGAACUGGCAGACUUGACUUGGCACCAUCGAGUUGGCUGGGACCCUAAGAGGUCCUCUAGACUGACCCCCUUUAACCACAGCUAACGGGGGCGCUCUUCUCCAGACAGACAGAAAAGGAAGACUAAGGCGCAUAGUCCUUUCAGUGAUGCAUGCACCACUACAAAGGGUGAAGGGGACUGGAGAUAAAUGAAUACUACAGUGAAAGGAGCCUUAAAGGCCACUCUGGGCAUUCUGUAGAUCAAGAAAACCCAGAGGCUUUAGAUGCGUAAGAGACGGUGGCAGUGCAGAAAGGGGGUGUCUUUGGAGCAAGCUGAGCUCCAGGACUGAGGGGGCAAGAGUAUAAAAGCAGCUGGUUCCCUAUGCCCCCCACCCCUCUAGGAAUUUUAAUAAAGCACACUUGGGGGGGGGGUUAGGAAAAUAUUUCACCGUUGCGUCUUAAAGCGCCUCCUCGCGGCUUUCUAACUGGAGGAGAAAUGCUCCACACGAGCUACAAUUGCCCCCCAGCACAGCUUCAGAGAAAUGAAAUGAGUGCCAAAAUCUGGGCGUUUUAAUAUCCAGGCAGGGUUUUAUUGAAAAAAGGAAAAAGUUCUGCGGGGGAAUCUUUCAAACCUGUCAGUCGUGAUCCUUAAAGAAUGAAGCCCACCUGAGUCCCGUGGAAAUUGGUUAUGCUGGGUUUUGUGACUCAAUGAGGGCCAGUAGUUUGCCUGUUAAGUGGACGUUUCUAGGAUUCCACAUUAGGUCCCUACCCCCUGCAGUCCUCCCUCGGGGCUGCUGUGCCGAACAACACAAGCGGCAACAGUUUUCCCACCGCGGCAACGGGCAUCCUUAACAAACUUACCAUUACCUUCCUGCUUAUUUCCGGCAUGUGUGAGCAAUCCCAGGUGAGCCGAGGCUUGCUUGGCAGGUAAACCUGCCACGCUCCCUGCCAUCGGGGCCCCUGGGUUUUGCCAGAACUUUUCAUGCACUUUACAAAGGGGAAAGGGCGCUGGUUGGGCAAGUUGUGUUGGCAGCCCGUAAGCCAGAGGACGCCUUUGAGACCAGACUUUGCCAACCUGAUGCCCUCCAGUUCUUUAGGGCUACAGCCUCCAUCAGUCCCAGCCAGUUCAGAGGGCACCAAGUUGGCAAAGGCCUCUUGAAGCCUUUGCGGUUCUCUGACUCGGGGGCAGCCUCCUUCUAACCCUUUGACACUUUUGCCCUUCCUUUUAUAUUUAAUUCAUUGUCCGAGCUCAAGAGCCCUUUGCGUAAAGAAUAGCUUUCAAGAAUGAUUGGGAACAGGACUUGAGACAGUGAAAUAAAACGGCUUGUUGCAAUUAAAAGCCCUGCUGUGGGUACUCGUGCGGUUUUCUGGAUCAUGCCCCCCGUCUUUUCAACAAGACGUAACAUCCUUUCCUUUCGUCUUGCAUUAGCUGCCCUUUAAAAAAACCCCAAACCCUCAAGGUCUGCUUUUUCCAACAAAUUGUGGCAGCUCUUAAGCCAGAGCGCCGCUGGCAAGUUGUUUUCCACGUUAACAAGGAAACGCAAGCUUGCGCCAGCCAUUGCGACUCCCCAUGUAAUUUGCACGUGGAACCGGGCUUUGAAAGAUAAGCGUCUCUUAGGAGCUCCGCCUGCAAAAAUAACCUUUUUUCUUUUUUCAAUCAUGGAGCAAAGAGUUUCUACAGUAUGUUCAAUGGGUCCACCGUAGAAUUAUCCACUGCUAAGACUUUGAAGUUCAAAUACAUUUUUUUUAAAAAGUGCAGUUUCUUUGGGUUUGCAGCUGUGUACACUUUGCUUGCAUCGAAAGCUUUUACAUAGUUGAUUUGGGGGUGCUGAACACAUGGGACACUGCCCCAGUGGCUCGUAUUUUCGGCUUCCUUUUAACCAAGCCACAAUUCCUUCUACUGUGCCUUAUCGGUUUGACAGCUGGCUUGCCCACUGAACCAGGGAUUGGGAACCUCUGACCCUCCAAAUGGGACUCCCAGCACCCACCAGCCUCAGCCAGCCCUGGCCCCUGGGUUCCCCAGCCCUGCUUUUAAGACAAUAGCAGGCACUCCCAGGUCUGUAGGGCCAACAAGUUGGCUGGAGAGAUGGCUGCAGAGGAACGACCGCCCUGUCGUCGUCAUCUUGAAAUGUGGAAGGUUUUCUUUAGCACCACUUUCCAGCUGGGGCGCUUCAUCGACACCAGCUCCAUUAGCAGCCUGCGUCCCAGUAGAAUCGCAGAAUUAUCAUGUUGGAAGAGGGACCCCACGGGUCAUCUAGCCAAACCCGCUGCAAUGCAAUCCUGCCUUUCUUCAGCCAGCUCUGCCGCGGCCGUGUCUUGUUCCAGUAUCUCUGAAAGAGUUUCCCCAGGGCUGAGGCCAAAGGCCCCACCCAAGGUGGCGGCGCCAGCAACCUGCCGCCAUUUUGUGUGCGUGCGCGCCAGGUAUAGAAUGGUAGCUGCCAAGGAGGCAACACCCAGUGGGAAUUUUACCUGGCAAGAGUCACGGGCAGAAGUUUUGGGUGAUCUGAUUUAACGCGCAAAUUCAUCCCAAAUCUGCAUGAGUGGGAAAGUGGCCUGAUCCUUGCUCCCCUACCGCAGACACACCUAAACAGCACUACACACGAGCACAAGAGGCGUUUGCCAAGGCGGCAACCUUGGCUCUGUGCAGAAUGCGUCCCCAUGUGGUCAUGAUUCCAGGGUCACUAACUCUCCCUCUCCCGUCUUAGGGAGGGGAGCGGGCUUUCAGAGUUAACUACUUUCCGUUGAUUUGUGUUGUGAUCUUUACUUCUUUGUAAAUGUAGGGAGACUGUAUAUAAAGGAUGGAUGUUCAGCUGGUUUCGGAAGUGUCUGUUGGUUGUACCUUUUUAAAAUGCGCUAAAAAUCCAAAGAUAAACUGUAAUGAAGUGUAAAGUUUUUAAUGCUCUCUUGUAUCAUACUAAACUUGUAAUAUUGUACCAUACCUGUGACAUGAUGUACCUUACCUAAAAUAAAAACACCUCCUUUACGUUAA